AUGCCGACCAUCAUCGUCUCGGUGGACCUGGAAUGCGGCCGCUGCCGUGCUAAGAUCCAGAAGGUGCUCAACAGGAUCCAAGAGAAGGGUGAGUUCUGCAUCGAUGACAUCGACUUCGACGAGAAGAACAACAAGGUGAAAGUCACGGGGCCCUUCGACCCGGACAAGCUCGCCGACAAGCUCUGCUGCAAGGCGUGCAAGAUCAUCAAGCAGAUCGAGAUCGUCGAGCCCCGCCGCCCAAGCCCAAGGAGGAGCCCAAGAAGGAGGAGCCGGCCCCGCCACCGCCGGAGAAGAAGGAGAAGCCGCCCCGCCGCCGCCGGCUAUAGUUGA